AUGGCUUCCUGGCUGCAGAUUCCCAAGAACUCGCCAUUCUCACUGGCGAACAUUCCAUUCGGUAUCAUCACCUCCGCGAAAGCUCCCUCGCGCGUAGCAGCUAUUGCUAUCGGUGACUAUGCGCUGAACCUGAACGCCUUUGCUUCAUCCGGCGGCUUCUCCCAGCUACCCGCGAUCCAGCCCCAUUUGAACGUGUUCAACCAACCCACCCUCAAUGCCUUUGCAGCCCUGGGCCGUCCAGUUCACCGUCAAGUCCGCGAAUACAUUCAGUCUGUUUUUCGCGCAGAUACUCCUUUCCCUCAGGUCUUGAAGGACAAUGAGUCCCUGCAAAAGUUGGCCCUCCUGCCGCUAUCGGAGGUGACCAACCAUCUUCCCAUGCAAAUCGGAGACUACACAGACUUCUAUGCCGGCCUUAACCACGCCUACAACCUGGGUGUCCUGCUUCGUGGACCAGACAAUGCUCUGCAGCCCAACUACAAGCAUCUGCCAGUCGCAUACCACGGUCGCGCCUCGUCCAUCGUGGUCUCAGGCACCCCCAUUCACCGUCCCAACGGUCAGAUCUUGGCCAACCCUACCGCAACCCCCAAAGUCCCUACCUUCUCUCCUUGCAAGAGACUCGACAUUGAACUCGAGAUGGCUGCUUUUGUUAGCACCCCUAAUGACAUGGGCAAGCCCGUCUCUGUUAACAACGCCGAAGACCACAUCUUCGGCUUGGUGCUCAUGAACGACUGGUCCGCUCGUGACAUCCAGGCCUGGGAAUACGUUCCUCUGGGACCGUUCAACGCCAAGAACUUUGCAACCACCAUCACCCCCUGGGUUGUCCUGAUCGAUGCUCUAGAGCCCUUCCGGGUUCCCAGCCUGGAGCCCGAAAACCGGGAAAACGUCCUGCCUUACCUGCGCGAGAAGCGCACCGACAACGUCUUCGACAUUCCCCUCGAAUUCGAGAUCACCAACCAAGGCGGCCAGCCUACCACGGUCUCGCGAAGCAACGCCAAGAACCUCUUAUUCUCCUUCCCUCAGAUGCUGGCCCACCACACCAUCACAGGAUGCAACCUCCGGCCCGGUGACUUGCUCGGUAGUGGAACCAUCUCCGGCACGGAGCCCCAGACACAGGGCAGCUUGUUCGAGCAAACCAAGGGCAAGGAGCCUCUCAAGCUGGCCGAUGGCUCGGAGCGGAUAUUCCUCGAAGACGGAGACACCGUCGUCCUCAGAGGCAAGGCGGGCACAGAGGGAAACUACGUCGGAUUCGGCGACUGCAGUGCCACCAUUCUCCCCGCGGUGAAGCUGGAGUUCUAG